AUUUGUAGUCGGUCAGUAUCAGUUGAGUUGUGGAUUGUUAAGCAUCGGAAUACUUAGGAGCUGAAAAUGAAAAUCGUCGUUGUUUUGAUCCUUGCUUGUGUAACAGGUGCAUUAGGUGCACCAUCGCCGGACGGUCCUGAGCGUCAAGAGCAGAAGCCAGGAACGGAAAAUUAUCCCAAUCUCUUCAAUCAAAACCCCGUUAACAAUGGAUGGAUGUUUGGAAACAGUGGAGCGUGGCAAGACAUGGGAAAAAUGGCAUCUAAACAACCUGUCUUUCCGUUUUCUACAGGCUUUGGUGUUAUGCCAAAAAUGGACGGCGUCGAUACGAUAGAAGCUAGUGCCGGAAUGAGCUGUUCCUUCCAGAAUGGGAAGAAGACGUGCACUAAUCAUGCGAAUCAAGCGAAGACCAAACACUGAUAAUCCAGUUACACUAUAGUUUAAAACUAUGAAAGUUGGAGAUAAGUAACACUAAUAGAUAAACCUAGUGUUAGGUCGUGGAAUGCAUUAGGAACUGAUUCUGUGUGGCUGCUGAAAAGCAAUUUAGAAUAGUCAUUAUAUGUGUGAUAAUAAAUUAGAUGGGCCUUACAAUCAUUUGUUUUAGUGGCAUGCAGUUUCCAAAAAGAAGUCACUGGUCGUUUUACAUCAUUCGUGAAUGUUUCGCAAUAACAACUAAAUCUUCUAAAGACGAACCGAAGCAACCCGAAGUUGUGAGCCGGCUUAAAGUCCAGUGGGGGUGUAAUAAAACCAAAGAAAUAUCAGAAGCUUACAGUUGGCUGAUAAUGUAUGAAAUUGGAUGUCAGAAUUUCAGAAUAAUAAUAUUAAAAUAAUAUUCAGCAGAGAACCCGAACGAGAUCGCCAACUCCGAGGUUGACCUGGCACAUUUCGGCUUUACAUUACUGUCGUUAUUCAAAAAACAUCGUGUGGAAUUCCUACUAUGUUACCUGACUCAUAACGAAUAUACGUUGUAUACGAGUACCCCGAAUACAACGUAUGACUCGUCUAAUUUUGCAUAGCAUUUGCAAUGUAAAAUUAGACGAACUAUACGUUGUAUUCGGGGUACUCGUAUGUUCGUUAUUAGUCAGGUAACACAUUAGUAGCGGUAGAUAAGGUCGUUUUUAACUUUUCUGGUGCCUGAAAGUGAUUUGCUCAGAACUGGAUCCAGUGGAACACAAUUCGCCACAUUGUAUCUUGAUAUUCCGCACUAUGCGCUUACGUGCUUACUUGACAUGAGAAACAAGAAUACUAACGGCUUCUGACGGUGGGGGUGGGUAAGAUGGGUCAGAUGCACCCCCGGAGCAAAAUUACUUUUUGGCAUUUAAAAUACGUUUUACUUUUUUUCUAUGAUCUGUUAAUCAGCAUCGCAACUUAGCUAGAUAAAUCCACGAGAAUGUUUUCAAAAGAAAACAUGUGAAGCAUUUUUGCUACCCUACAAGCAAAAAUAGACACGCAUCCAUCCUGUUCUUGUUCUGCAACUCGCUCUCACAUUGUUCGAAGCAGGUAGAACGACUGCGUUGUUGCAAAUGGGAGAUGAUCUUCCGCAUUUAAUUAGGUAGCCAGUUUGUCAGUUUCGCCUGCAAAAAAGAGCAAUGUUUGUAAAUCGGUCGCCAGUCUUGUUUUGAUCCACGUCGUGCGAAGAUCGAUUCACAAUGAUGCCGGACUACAUCAACAAGCUGCCAACGGAAAUGCUCUAUCAGGUGUUUGACUGUCUGAGCUUCGAGCAGCAAUUGUUGGCCAUGGCCGUUUGCCAACGGUGGUGUCAAAUUUUGUCCAGCGAUUGGUACAUCCCCGACCGGCGGUUGUGUCUGUGUACGUUCAAUCUUAAUGGGACUGAAUCGCAGCUGCAAUGGAUGAAACAGUACCGGGCGUUCACGAUCAAGGAUUCCAACAAGGAUAAGGGUGAGUUUCUGGACCCGUUGAGGAAGUUUCUGUUCAGUCCGGAAGUGGCCGAGACGGUAGAGGAACUUCGGCUGGAGUUGUUCUGGUAUUCACUGUCGGAUUUGCUGGACAGUAGUGAAGAGAUGUGCCUUCCGAAGCUGGAGAAGAUCAGCUACUUGUCGUCGAUAUGGGUUGAAGAGCGCAGCUUACUUGAGUGUAAAGUGGUGGCUCCCAAUUUGAAAACCGUGAUGCUGGAGGACUCGAAGAAAUCCGGAAAUCCAUUGAUUCAGGUGAUGAGUGAUCAGAUUGAGACCAUGAGUGUGCGAUUUAUCAACAAGAUGCUUCUGUUUGCAACGAUCGGAAAUUAUUCAUUCACGAGUUUGAACAGUUUGACGCUGAUGUCCCAGCAGGGGAGUCUUUUGUUUCGGGAAUCCGAUUUCCACGCCGUUCACCUGCAGACUUUUGGACGACUAAGGUAUUUGAAGAUCAGCGACGAAAAGAACGUGUUCUAUUUGAUCUACAGGAUCAUCUUUCGAGAGGCGAAAAAUUUGGAAACACUGAUCAUCAACGGUCGUAAAAUGAGUGAAGACGCAUUCAAUCAAAUCGAUCGGUUGAAGAAACUGCAAGAACUGUACCUGAUGGUGGAAAUUCAAAAAUCUCAACCCCUUACAAGGCUAUGCUUGCCGCAGCUUAAAAUACUGACAACAUAUGCUUGUACAAUGACUCCACUGGGAAAUGUGUCCAACCUGAAAGACAUAUCCAUAAGGAAUCACAAAAAUUCCUGGGAGCGGUACAAGCUUAGCGAUGAUGCCGUCAACUGCGGAAUUUUCAUCCACAAUCUUCAAACGUUGCGACUGACGAAAGUGAUUCUGGACUCGACAUUCGUCAGACAUAUUUCCACCAUAACGGGACUGAGGGCCCUGGAGCUGAAUCAAGUAAGAAUGGACCCGAAGCAUCUGCAGAGGAUUUUCGGCUCGCUGAAACAGUUGCAGCGAGUUCGAUUCGAGUGGUGCUAUCUGAAUGAGGUAGUUGUUGCACGAGAGGAUACCGAUGGAAACAGCAUUGUCGAUCACGAUGAUGAUGAUGGCGGGGAGCAAGGAGAGAAUGAUCAAAAGGUUGACUGUUUGCGGAUGUUGCAGCAGCAGUAUCCCGAUUGCAGGAUAACGAAUCUAAACAACCGAAUCGUGAGGCAUGUGACGCGAGGACAGUCAAUGUAUCAGAAUUUGUUGCCGCAGUACUGGAGACCAUUAUAGAUGCGGUGAUUUUAUGUAUUAUUAUGCAUCGAUCAAAUAGUUAUUAUUCUCAACA